CGGGCCGCCUCGGCGGAGCUUGGGAGCCUGGCGAGUCGCUGGGGGAAACCGAGCAGACGCCUAGAGCAGCCCGGAGCAUCAGAAGGUGAUCGCGCUAGUCGGACCCGCGGAUCGCAGCCUGUAGAUCGCGGCCGGGGCCUGGAGAACAGCCCCAAGUGAAGGGAUCCUCUUCCUGAAGGAGGGGAUCAUGGCUUCCUUGUUGCUCGCCCGGCGUGUGGCCUGCAGCUCCCAGAAAAGCUUCUGCCUCUUCACACCUGGAUCUAGAUAUAUCAGUCAAGCUGCUGCCAAAGUUGACAUUGAAUUUGAUUAUGAUGGGCCACUGAUGAAGACAGAAGUCCCGGGGCCGCGAUCUCAGGAGUUAAUGAAACAGCUGAACACAAUCCAGAACGCAGAGGCUGUGCACUUUUUCUGCAACUAUGAAGAAAGCCGGGGCAACUACCUGGUGGAUGUGGACGGCAACCGCAUGCUGGACCUGUAUUCUCAGAUCUCCUCUGUCCCCAUAGGUUACAACCAUCCAGCUCUGGCGAAACUCAUCCAACAGCCUCAAAACGCGAGUACUUUCAUCAACAGACCUGCCUUGGGCAUCCUGCCUCCAGAGAAUUUUGUUGACAAGCUCCGGGAGUCCUUGAUGUCGCUCUUUUGGAAGAGCAAGGAACGAGGCCAGAGAGGUUUCUCAAAGGAGGAGCUGGAGUCCUGCAUGGUUAACCAGAGUCCUGGAUGCCCUGACUACAGCAUCCUCUCCUUCAUGGGCGCUUUCCACGGGAGGACUAUGGGAUGCUUAGCGACCACACACUCAAAAGCAAUUCACAAGAUUGACAUCCCUUCCUUUGACUGGCCCAUUGCUCCAUUCCCACGGCUGAAGUACCCCCUGGAGGAGUUCGUGAAGGACAACCAGCAAGAGGAGGCCCGAUGCCUAGAAGAGGUGGAAGAUCUAAUUGUGAAAUAUCGGAAAAAGAAGAGAACAGUGGCUGGAAUCAUCGUUGAACCCAUCCAGUCUGAGGGCGGAGACAAUCACGCCUCAGAUGACUUCUUCCGGAAACUGAGAGACAUUGCCCGAAAGCAUGGCUGUGCCUUCUUGGUGGAUGAAGUUCAGACUGGAGGGGGCUGCACGGGCAAGUUCUGGGCCCACGAGCACUGGGGCUUGGAUGACCCAGCUGAUGUAAUGUCCUUUAGCAAGAAGAUGAUGACAGGGGGCUUCUUCCACAAGGAGGAGUUCCGGCCAAGUGCUCCUUACCGGAUCUUCAACACCUGGCUGGGAGACCCGUCCAAGAACUUGCUGCUGGCUGAGGUCAUUAAUAUCAUCAAGCGGGAGGACCUGCUCAACAAUGUGGCACAUGCCGGGAAGACCCUGCUCACAGGGCUGCUGGAUCUCCAGGCCCGGUACCCCCAGUUCAUCGGCAGAGUGAGAGGACGAGGCACCUUUUGUUCCUUCGACACUCCAGACGAAUCCGUGCGGAAUAAACUCAUUCUAACCGCCAGAAACAAAGUUCCAAAGAAAAUGAGCAAGCCAGGCAAGUAUGCCCAGUACACACAGCAAAAUCCUUCUUUGGAAACUGGCAGGUCCACGUGUUCGGUGUGGUACUGGGGGGCUGUGGUGACAAGUCCAUCCGUUUCCGUCCCACGCUGGUCUUCAGGGAUCACCACGCUCACCUGUUCCUCAACAUCUUCAGUGACAUCUUAG